AUGGACUCCACAUUGUCGUCGAGACCACGGAUCCCCGGUCUUCCCAAUCCUGUGGUGGAUGCAGAGCAGCAGAAAUGGCUGUUCUCCGAGGAGGAGUUUGGGCGCACGCCGUCGCGACACGAUAAAAUCGAACGAGAGAAGGAGGAUUACAUCCGACACCGUGCAGUGGACUUCAUAUGGCAGGUCAGCUUGAUGCUGAAAAUGCCACCGCAGACAUCCAUGACUGCGACAGUCUAUAUGCACCGCUUCCUGAUGCGAUAUUCUUUGAUGGGCCAGUAUCCGGAAAUGGGGUCCGAGUUGAUGCACCCGAAGGUGAUUGCCGCGGUUGCAUUAUUUGUCGCAUUCAAGGUCGAUGAAACGAUGCGUCGCAUGAAGGAUUUCGUCAUUGCAUGUUGUCGCGUUGCUAUGAAACAGUCGAAUUUGGUCGUGGACGAGCAAUCCAAGGAUUACUGGAAAUGGCGGGAUCUGAUCCUGCAAAAUGAAAGUGUCAUGCUGGAAUUCCUAUCCUUUGAUUUGCAGCUGGAGUCGCCUUACCGCAUUCUUUGGGACUACAUUUGCUACCUUGGACUUCAGGAGAAUCGCGCCUUGAGAGGCACCUCCUGGGCUUUCCUGAAUGAUUCCACAUACACUAUUCUCUGUCUGCAGCAUCCGCCUCGCGUUAUUGCCGCUGCUGCAUUAUACGCUGCUGCUCGUCAUGCGAAAAUCGCUUUCCCAGAUGACUCCGAGGGUCGUCCGUGGUGGGAACAAUUCGACGUUCGUCUUGACGACCUCAUCCGCGCUUGCACGACUAUUGUCAAAAUAUACGAGCGUGUCCAACAAUCCCUCAGCAAAAAUUACCCUGAAUUCUCCAUCUCAGAGGCCCUACCCAACGACCCAACCCGCAGCUUCGACAACAAAUCGCCCUCGGAAACUCCCAAACCCUCUCUCUCCGUGACAGAUGACGGCACCAACGGCCGAAAACGCUCGCGCGAGCCCGAAUCUCUCCCCCAUUCCACCGCACCCCUCUCCCCUCACACCAACGGAAAUGGCACGGAGCGCUCACCAAAGCGCCAACGAACAGUCACACCCUCUCUAGAGCAAACCCUUUCCACCGAACAAACACAGCUCCCUACCUCCCGGCCUCGCAUUCCUACCGGCACCUUACCCCCAAAGCCACAGACGUCAACACCCCAGCCACCAACUUUGAAAGACUCCAGCGCCGAAGAAGGCGAAGUCUCAGAAAAUGAUAAAGCCAAAGAAGCGGAAGCGACCGCUUCUAAUCCUCCACAGCCAGAACAGGUUGAUACUGGACAUGCAGAGGAUGCAGGAAGUGAAGAAGGGGAGAUUUAA